GCAGACCCUCCGCGGGCAUCCGAGCGCGGCGAGGUGUUGUGGGAUCGCGGGCGGCGCCGGCGGGCUGCGCGGUCCUCGCGGAGCCCGGGGACAGGGGCUGGACCCCGAGGUGCAUCGAGCCUCUGGGCGGCAGUUUUGUCAGCACUAGAAUAGCACAACCAUGUUUCGGAAUAGUCUCAAGAUGCUUCUUACUGGAGGGAAGUCAAGUCGGAAAAACCGAUCAAGUGAUGGAGGGAGCGAGGAACCAUCAGAUCGAAGACAGUCAAGUGUAGACUCUCGCCAGGGCCGCUCUGGGCAAGGUGGCAUCUCCACAGAAAGCGACUGUGCCUUUGAGCCAGACUAUGCCGCCCCCCCACUUCCGGUGAGCGAAGGUAUGCAGCACAUUCGGAUCAUGGAGGGCCUGUCCCGCUCUCUCCCAUCCUCCCCCUUACUCACACAUCAGUCUAUCAGUGUUCGGCUCCAGCCUGUGAAGAAGUUAACUGCCCCUCUGAGGAAAGCAAAGUUUGUUGAGAGCCCACGAAUUCCAGAAUCCGAGCUUGGCUCACCCACCCUCACUUCAGCUCAGAAACUGGACGUGGCUGCGUACUGCGCCGAUGACGCUGAACAGGAACUCGGCCCCCCUCCAUCGGUAGAUGAGGCAGCAAAUACACUCAUGACUCGUCUGGGUUUCCUCCUUGGAGAGAAAGUCGCGGAAGUUCAGCCAGGUGACCAGUACAACAUGGAAGUACAGGAUGAAAAUCAGACCGCAGCCAUCACGCAGCGCAUCAGCCCGUGCUCCACCCUCACGAGCAGCACCGCCUCGCCCGCAGCCGGCAGCCCCUGCUCCACCCUCCCGCCUGUCAGCACAGGGGCACCUGCCAAGGACGGCAGCUAUGGGGCCGUCACCAGUCCAACCUCCACCCUCGAAAGCAGAGAUAGUGGCAUUAUCGCUACGUUGACAAGCUAUUCUGAAAACAUGGAACGCACGAAAUACGUUGGAGAGAGCAGCAAAGAAUUAGGAUCUGGAGGAAACCUGAAGCCUUGGCAGUCGCAAAAGUCUAGCAUGGAUUCUUGCUUAUAUCGCGUGGAUGAAAACAUGACGGCUUCCACCUAUAGUCUGAACAAGAUCCCAGAAAGGAAUCUGGAAACGGUUCUGUCACAAUCAGUACAGUCUAUUCCUCUGUAUCUUAUGCCACGGCCAAAUUCAGUAGCAGCCACAAGCUCUGCCCACUUGGAGGACCUUGCUUACCUGGACGAACAGAGACACACACCUCUGCGGACUUCUCUUCGAAUGCCAAGACAGAGCGUGGGCGGUGCUCGCACACAACAGGACUUAAGAGUUCGCUUUGCACCUUACAGGCCUCCAGAUAUCUCCCUGAAGCCUCUGCUCUUCGAAGUGCCCAGCAUCAGCGCGGAGUCAGUGUUCGUUGGCCGAGACUGGGUUUUCCACGAAAUAGACGCGCAACUUCAAAGCGAAAACGCCAGCGUGAACCAGGGUGUGGUGAUUGUGGGGAACAUCGGGUUCGGCAAAACCGCCAUCAUCUCCAGGCUGGUGGCCCUCAGCUGCCACGGCUCGCGGAUGCGGCAGAUUGCCUCCGACAGCCCCCACGCCUCCCCCAAACAUGUGGAUGCCAACAGAGAGUUGCCGCUCACACAGCCACCGGCCACCCAUGCAUCCAUCGCCAGUGGGAGCUGCCCAGGAACACCAGAGAUGCGCAGGCGGCAGGAGGAGGCCAUGAGGAGACUGGCCUCGCAGGUGGUCGCCUGUCACUACUGCCAAGCAGACAACGCCUACACCUGCCUGGUGCCCGAGUUCGUCCACAACGUCGCUGCCCUGCUGUGCCGCUCCCCCCAGCUGGCAGCCUACCGGGAGCAGCUGCUCCGCGAGCCUCACCUGCAGAGCGUGCUGAGCCUCCGCUCCUGUGUCCAGGACCCCAUGGCCUCCUUUCGGAGAGGGGUCCUGGAACCCCUCGAGACGCUCCACAAAGAGAGAAAAAUCCCAGAUGAAGAUUUCAUCAUUUUAAUUGAUGGAUUAAAUGAAGCAGAAUUUCACAAACCGGAUUAUGGGGAUACAAUUGUAUCAUUUCUGAGUAAAAUGAUUGGAAAAUUUCCUUCCUGGCUCAAGCUAAUUGUAACAGUUAGGACCAGUUUACAGGAAAUUACCAAGCUGCUGCCUUUCCAUAGGAUAUUUUUGGAUCGACUAGAAGAGAAUGAAGCCAUAGACCAGGACCUGCAGGCUUACAUCCUGCACCGGAUACACAGCAGCUCAGAGAUCCAGAAUAACAUUUCACUUAAUGGCAAAAUGGACAAUACCACAUUUGGCAAGCUCAGUUCUCACCUCAAGACACUCAGUCAAGGCUCCUACCUGUAUCUGAAGCUCACAUUUGACCUCAUAGAGAAAGGCUACCUGGUGUUGAAAAGCUCUAGCUACAAGGUAGUUCCUGUCUCGCUCUCGGAGGUCUACCUCCUCCAGUGCAACAUGAAGUUUCCAACCCAGUCUUCCUUUGAUCGGGUGAUGCCCCUCCUCAACGUGGCCGUGGCCUCUCUGCACCCACUGACUGAUGAGCACAUCUUCCAGGCCAUCAAUGCUGGUAGCAUCGAAGGCACACUGGAGUGGGAGGACUUCCAGCAGAGAAUGGAGAACCUCUCCAUGUUCCUCAUCAAGCGCAGAGACAUGACCCGGAUGUUUGUGCAUCCUUCCUUCCGAGAGUGGCUUAUAUGGAGAGAAGAAGGAGAGAAAACCAAAUUUCUCUGUGACCCCAGGAGCGGUCACACGUUACUUGCCUUCUGGUUUUCCCGCCAAGAGGGGAAACUAAACCGACAGCAGACCAUCGAGCUGGGACACCACAUACUCAAAGCACAUAUUUUUAAGGGCUUGAGUAAAAAGGUCGGCGUGGCAUCCUCCAUCCUCCAGGGCCUCUGGAUCUCCUACAGCACAGAAGGCCUUUCCAUGGCCCUGGCGUCUUUACGAAACCUCUACACUCCAAAUAUAAAGGUCAGCCGACUGCUGAUUUUAGGAGGUGCCAACAUUAAUUACCGGACGGAGGUGUUAAAUAAUGCUCCAAUUCUGUGUGUCCAGUCUCACCUCGGCUACACGGAAAUGGUGGCCCUGUUGUUGGAGUUUGGGGCCAGUGUGGACGCCUCUUCCGAGAGCGGCCUGACCCCGCUGGGCUACGCGGCCGCAGCCGGCUACCUGAGCAUCGUUGUGCUGCUGUGCAAGAAGCGGGCCAAGGUGGAUCACUUGGACAAGAACGGACAGUGCGCGCUGGUCCACGCUGCCCUGCGAGGCCACCUGGAGGUGGUCAAGUUCUUGAUUCAAUGCGACUGGACCAUGGCUGGCCAGCAGCAAGGGGUGUUCAAGAAGAGCCAGGCCAUCCAGCAGGCCCUCAUCGCCGCCGCCAGCAUGGGUUACACCGAGAUUGUGUCCUACCUACUUGAUCUUCCAGAAAAAGAUGAAGAGGAAGUGGAGCGAGCACAGAUCAACAGCUUCGACAGCCUCUGGGGAGAGACAGCGCUGACAGCCGCAGCCGGGAGGGGCAAGCUGGAGGUGUGCCGGCUGCUCUUGGAACAGGGGGCCGCGGUGGCCCAGCCAAACCGCCGGGGGGCUGUGCCCCUGUUCAGCACCGUUCGCCAGGGCCACUGGCAGAUUGUCGAUCUCUUACUCACCCACGGCGCUGAUGUCAACAUGGCAGACAAGCAGGGCCGCACGCCUCUGAUGAUGGCCGCUUCCGAAGGCCACCUCGGGACUGUGGACUUUCUCCUUGCCCAAGGGGCCUCCAUUGCUCUCAUGGACAAAGAGGGUUUGACAGCCCUUAGCUGGGCCUGUUUGAAGGGCCACCUCUCAGUAGUACGCUCUCUGGUGGAUAACGGAGCAGCCACAGACCACGCUGACAAGAAUGGCCGCACCCCACUCGAUCUGGCCGCUUUCUACGGUGACGCCGAGGUGGUCCAGUUCCUGGUGGAUCACGGGGCCAUGAUCGAGCACGUCGACUACAGCGGGAUGCGCCCCUUGGACCGGGCGGUGGGGUGCCGGAACACCUCUGUCGUGGUCACUCUCCUGAAGAAAGGCGCCAAGAUAGGUUGUCAGACGUUACCGAGUCGCCCACGAGGUCCAGCCACAUGGGCGAUGGCCACCUCCAAGCCAGACAUCAUGAUCAUCCUAUUGAGCAAGCUGAUGGAAGAGGGGGACAUGUUUUAUAAGAAAGGGAAAGUGAAGGAGGCUGCCCAGCGGUACCAAUAUGCGCUGAAGAAGUUCCCUAGAGAAGGGUUCGGUGAGGACUUGAAAACCUUCCGGGAACUAAAGGUGUCUCUCCUCCUCAACCUCUCGCGAUGCCGCAGGAAAAUGAACGACUUUGGAAUGGCGGAGGAAUUCGCUUCUAAGGCUCUGGAGCUGAAACCGAAAUCUUACGAAGCUUAUUAUGCGAGAGCCAGGGCAAAGCGCAGCAGCAGACAGUUCGCAGCAGCCUUGGAGGACCUGAACGAGGCCGUCAAGCUGUGUCCAAACAACCGUGAGAUCCAGAGGCUCCUGAUGAGGGUGGAGGAGGAGUGCAGACAGAUGCAGCCGCCGCCGCCGCCGCCGCCCGAGGAGACGGAGCCCGAGCCCGAGCCCGAGCCCCAGCACGAAGACCUGUACGCGGCGCAGGGCGUGUUCGAGGAGGAAUACCUGGAGCAGGAUGACAGCGUCUCCAUUGGCCUCCAGACAGAGGCGCGGCCCAGCCAGGGGCUCCCCACGAUCCAGAGCCCGCCCUCCUCCCCAGCCCAUCGGGACGCGGCCUACAUCUCCAGCUCCCCGCUCGGCGCUCAUCAGGUGUUUGACUUCCGGGCCAGCAGUUCCGUGGGGUCUCCCACCAGACAGGGCUAUCAGUCCACCUCGCCUGCCCUCUCGCCAACGCACCAGAACUCUCAUUACCGGCCUAGCCCUCCACAUACGUCCCCAGCUCAUCAGGGUGGGUCUUACCGCUUCAGCCCCCCUCCCGUGGGCGGGCAGGGCAAAGAAUACCCGAGCCCGCCCCCUUCCCCACUCCGCAGAGGCCCUCAGUACCGGGCCAGCCCUCCAGCCGAAAGCAUGAGUGUCUACAGGUCCCAGUCUGGCUCACCGGUGCGCUAUCAGCAAGAAGCAAGUGUUAGUCAGCUUCCUGGCAGACCAAAAUCUCCAUUAUCUAAAAUGGCCCAGCGGCCCUACCAGAUGCCUCAGCUUCCUGUGGCGGUUCCCCAGCAAGGGCUGAGGCUGCAGCCGGCCAAGGCCCAGAUUGUGAGGAGCAACCAGCCCAGCGCCGCGGUCCACUCCAGCACCGUCAUCUCCACAGGGGCCUACGGCCAGGUGGCCCAUUCCAUGGCCAGUAAGUACCCGUCUUCACAAGGAGACAUGGGAGUAAGUCAGAGCCGCCUGGUUUACCAGGGGUCGAUUGGGGGGAUUGUGGGGGACGCGAGGCCCGUGCAGCAUGUCCAGGCCAGCUUGAGUGCGGGCGCCAUCUGUCAGCAUGGAGGGCUGACCAAAGAAGACCUUCCCCAGCGACCGUCCUCGGCGUAUCGAGGCGGCAUGAGGUACAGCCAGACGCCUCAGAUCGGGCGUAGCCAGUCUGCAUCCUACUACCCCGUCUGUCACUCCAAGCUAGAUCUGGAGCGUUCCUCCAGCCAACUGGGGUCCCCCGAUGUGUCGCACUUAAUCAGAAGACCUAUCAGUGUCAACCCUAAUGAGAUCAAGCCCCACCCCCCCACCCCCCGGCCGCUGCUGCACUCCCAGAGCGUGGGCCUUCGCUUCUCCCCAUCUAGCAAUAGCAUCUCCUCCAGCUCCAACCUGACGCCCACCUUCCGGCCCUCUUCCUCGAUUCAGCAAAUGGAGAUCCCCCUAAAGCCGGCGUACGAUAGGUCAUGUGACGAGCUGUCGCCAGUGUCUCCCACUCAGGGCGGUUACCCCAGUGAGCCCACCCGAUCCAGGACCACACCAUUCAUGGGCAUCAUAGAUAAGACAGCCCGGACUCAGCAGUACCCUCACCUUCACCAGCAGAGCCGGACCUGGGCGGUGUCAUCCGUGGACACCGUGCUCAGCCCCACGUCUCCGGGCAGCCUGCCUCAGCCCGAGUCCUUCAGCCCGCCGUCCUCCAUCAGCAACAUUGCCUUUUAUAACAAAACCAACAACGCGCAGAACGGCCACUUGCUGGAGGACGAUUACUACAGCCCCCAUGGGGUGCUGGCGAACGGGUCCCGCGGAGACCUGCUGGAGAGAGUCGGCCAGGCCUCCCCCUACCCCGACGUGAAGGUGGCUCGGACCCUCCCGGUGGCCCAGGCCUACCAGGACAACCUGUACCGGCAGCUGUCCCGGGACUCUCGCCAAGGGCAGACCUCCCCUAUCAAACCAAAGAGACCAUUUGUGGAGUCUAAUGUUUAAAAGACAUCUGUUGGAGUGAGACCCGUAUGUGAUCACUGCACAUUUUCAGGCUUGGUUUCCACAUCUGAGGUAGUCCUCUGCUUCACUCUCAUGUAGUUUCUGUGGUGUUCAGAGGUGGCAGCCCUCAUGCUGAAACCCUUUGCAUGCAGCCCCGGGAGCUGGCCGCAGCGCGCCAGGACUUCAGUCUCGCCUGUCCGUGCCCAGCCACGUGCUCCCCUCUCCGGACGCCGGCGAGGAGGUGGUCGCGCCCUGGGCUUUAACCCAGGGAGAUCAGACACUCUGUCAGCUUUUUCCAGGAGACAAUCGCUUUCACUGAUGUUCUUGUUGUGUAAUUGUCUUUCUCCUUUUUUACAAAAAUAUGAUGUUCAUGUUCAUUUUCUUC